AUGGCCACCACAAGCUGUGCCCCCGAGAUCAGGACUCACCCCAACUACUGCCCUCCCAUCAACCACCAACAACUACUGUCCCCAGCGUCAAAGCCACCCACAGAUCUGCCCCCAUUCGACCACCCCAACAUACUGCCCAAUCAACCAGACCCACAUAACUACUGCCCCAAUCGACAAACCCCAGGUGUUUACUGCCCCAUUAAUUACCACAACUAUUGCCCCUUCAGUCACCACAACUACUGCCCCAUCAACCACCACAGUAACAUGCUCCCAAUCGGCCAGCCACAAUACCUGUCCCAUUCAACACCACAACUAUUGCCAUUAACCACCACAAUCUUGUGUCCAUACCACCACGAACUAUGCCCCAUGCGACACACGCCCAACUAUCUGCCCAUCAACCACCCACAAAUAGCUACUGGCCCUGCAUCGACCACCCCAACGUACUGCGCCCCAUCAACUCGACCACAAACUAGCUGUGACGCCAAUCAACCCAGGCCACAACUUACUGCCCCAUACAACCAGCCACAAACUACUGUCCAUCAACACCACAACUACUGUCCCAAUCAACCACCCACAACUACCUGGUUCCCAUCAACCACCACAAACUACUUCCCCAUCAAACACCACAACUACUGUCCAUCAACCACCACAACUAAUGAGCCCCAUCACCACCCAACUAGCCCCAUCAACGCAAGCCACCAACGUGCUGCCCCGAUCGACCGCGCCGCAAUACUGCCUCCGAUCAUCAUCCACAAACUACUGCCCAUCGACCACACAACCUAUCCCAUCGCCCCAUUCGGGACCACCACAACUACUGCCCCAUCGGCCACCACAACUACUGCCCAUCCCACCACACUUACUGCCCCAUCGCCAUCCAACAACUACUGCCUCAUUAAUCAUCACAACUACUGCCCAAUCAACCACCACAACUACUGCCCCAUCGACCACCCCAACUACUGCCCCAUCAAUCACCACAACUACUGCCCCAUCAGCCACCACAACUACUGCCAAACAUCAUCAGCCCACAAACACCCAACUACUGCACUGCCACCACAAACUACUGCCCACGGGUCGGCCUACCAAAACUUACUUGCCCCAUCGGCCACCACAACGUACAUUGCCCCAUUCGGCCACCCACAACUACUAGGCCCCAUCAACCUAGCCCACAACUACUGCCCCAGUCACGUCAGCCAACAACUUACUGCCCCCAUCAGUCACCACAAGCUAGCCUGCCUCAUUAAUCAUGCACGAGACUAA